UGUCAGCCUAUUGUACAGUCUUGUGCAAUUUACAGAAGGAAAGAAGAGAGAUUCGAAAAUGAACACAAGGAAAUUGUUUUUAGUUACUGGAAAAGUGCUCAUUUCCUUUGGAAUCCUAAGCCUCAUUUCGGGAAUUAUUGCUUUUUUUCCUGUUUUUUCUUAUAAACCAGGGUUUCUUGGAUGGAGCGUUCACCUUGCUUCUCCCAUCUGGAGCGGAUAUUUGGCUGUUAUUGCAGGUGUUCUUAUUACUCUGGCUGAGAAACAAUGGACUUCAAGAUGCCUGUGGGAGGCUGCUUUUGCCUUUAGCAUCUUCAAUGUCAUCAGCUCUCCUGUUCAAAGCGCUAUCGCAAUGGCAUCUCUCCUUCUGGGCCCCUAUUGUUAUUAUUCUUUUGCUGGGGUUUCAGGCACGAACUACCUCAGUUAUGCCAUUUCAUCAUUUUUUCCUUACGGCAAAUUUGCUUCUUCAUGCAAAGAUCCAUUGCAUUAUGAGUGGUAUCACCUGGUGCUGCAAAUUCUAGACUUCAUCUCUGGCCUUGUCAUUCUAAGUGCAUCUUUGACCACUGUGGUCAAGCUCACAACAAGACUCUUCCAAUUUGGACAUUUAAAUGGAGAAAGGAAUUCUUGGUAAUCUGGGACCUCCGUACAUCUGGAUUGAGCUUCAUGGAGGUGCUUGAAUGUCAACAUCACAACAGGAAUAAUUGCCAACUAAUCUCCAGUUAAAUGAUACAAUACAUUUUAAUGUAGAUGCCUAAUCAUAUAGGAAUAUAGAUUCUUAAAAAUCCAAAUAGCAUUGUAAACCAUUGUAAACAAUUAGCUUCUGGUACAGAAAUCUGCAUUUUUGUCUAUUUCAGCUGUAUGAAAUUUGUUUUCAAAAUGGCCACCCACAUUUUCUUAAGAUUCUCUUAAGAACAUCUAACAAAGGAAGAUCAACCUUAGGAAGAUCACCUAAGGCAGGUCUGUUCCAUUGUUGAACAGUUCUUAUCAUUCAGACAUUUUUUCCUGAUGCCCAGCUGCAAUGUACUUCCUUGUAAAUAAACCAUUGUUUUCUGUCCUGUUUUCUGAACAA